GGCAGUUUGUCUCCAUUCUGCUGCUCUCCAUCCGGUUCUCCUUCAGCAGAGAUGAUGUCCCGCUGGUUUCUUCUGGUGGCUCUUGCCUGCAGUCUGGUUGGGGCUCAGAACCCUGCAGAUGUUAUUCUGCGCCAGCUGAUUUCCAGAGUGGAGCAGCUAGAGAGGGAAAGCGAAAACACGGCGAGUUCCCAGGUGGCGUUCACAGUGGCUCUUUUAGAGGAGAAUUCAUGGACCAGCGUGGGACCUUUUGACGCUGACCAAACCCUGGUUUACAAGAAGGUGUUAACCAAUGUUGGAAAUGCAUACGACACAGAGACAGGUGUUUUCACGGCUCCAGUAAAGGGACUCUACUACUUCCGUAUCACUGGGAUCGUCGGAAGAACUGGGAAACUGAACGCUGGUCUGAAGAAAAAUGGGGAGGACAUCUUUGAGAUCUACCACAAAGCUGGCACACAGGCCAGCGCCUCCAACGGGGCGGCUGUGGAACUGGAGCAGGGAGACAAAGUUUAUGUCCAGCUGAUGCAGGGCAAUACCAUCGUGGAUCAGAGUCGGCUCAGCACCUUCACUGGUUUCCUUGUUUUCCCCAUGGAAUCUCCCUGAAAUACCUCAGUGAGAUGGCAGGGAAAGGUGUUGUGACAUUUAGAAUUAAAGUAAUUAAUUACAGUAUAAGAAAACCAAAACCCAAAUAAAGAUUGUUUAAAAUUCU